CCAUUUUUGUUGUCGCUUCUCUGAGAGCUGCAGCGGCGGCGUCUGGCGGGGAUCGACGUGCGAGAAAACGACGCUCGUAGUCGGGCGGAUCCCGCUCGGGUGGAGUGGGGAGAAUUUCUCACGAGAGGAGACAAGCAUGCGGCAUCGCGGUUAAAUGUUGCGCCUCUCCAUGCAGCCGCUUUUGCUCGGCCUGGUGCUGGCGGUGGCGGAGCGCGCGGCUCCAGGAGAGGCACUGGCCAGGGCACCAGCAGACUCUCGGUGCUCUUCAGACCAGUUUGCAUGCUGGAGCGGCAAAAUAAAGUGCAUCCCACUCAGCUGGCAGUGCGAUGGCUGGGCCUCCUGCGAAGACAACAGCGAUGAAGCCAACUGCCCCGGACCAACGGAAGAGGUGUGGAUCUACCAGAGUAGAGACCGGCCAGAAAACAAAGGCCCAUCGGGGGACAACUCCCGCGUCCAGACCAUGUUUGGCCUCUCCUCAGACUCUCAAAAGAAGUGCCCCUCGGGCUGGCGUUAUUACGAGGGCACAGCCAGCUGCUAUCGGGCAUAUGCGACUGCUGACAGCUACUGGGAGGCUGCCCAGCUUUGCGGGCAGGCCGGAGGCUACCUGGCUACUCUCACAAGUGACUUGGAGUUGCAGUUCAUUCUGAGCCAGGACUGGGGACUGGAAGAGCGAGACGGUCUACCACGUGAGCAUGGCAGGUUUUGGGUAGGGUACCAAUACAUUGUCACAAACCGUAGUAAAAAUUCACUGGAGGGCCACUGGCAAGAGGUUCACGCAUGGGGAGUGGGCUCUCAUCAAGAGGUGGUUCUUCCCCCAGACAAGGUGCCCACUUUUGGGGCAGCCAUCUCAGAGCAGGCAGAGGUGCUGUGUGGCCAGCUGCAGUGCUUCCACUACCCAAGCUUGCGGCACCGUGGGCUACACAGUUGGUAUGCUGAGAACUGCAACCAGAAAGCUCCCUUCCUGUGCAAGCAAGAAAAGACGUGCAUCGACAUCCGAGAGAACGUGGUGGUGGAGGGCCAAGACUUCACGCCGCGAGGCAGUGACCCGUGCCUCAUGUGCAAGUGUCACAAGGGCGAGGCUGAGACGUGCAUCGCUGCCUUGUGCGAGCGUCCCCAGGCCUGCCAGCGUUUCCAGAUGGACCCUCGUGAAUGCUGCAAGUUUACCUGCCUUGACCCAGCUGGUGGUAGCUUCCUGGAUGGGAUGGCAAGUGGAAUGCGUCUCAUCGUGAGCUGCAUCUCCUCCUUCCUCAUUCUAUCUCUCCUCCUCUUCCUGGUGCACCGUCUGCGUCAGCGGAGACGCGAGCACAUUGAGUCGCUCAUAGGCGCCAACUUGCACCACCUAGGUUUGGGUCGAGGCCGCAUGCAUGGUUUUGAGUUGGGCCCCGAGUCACUGGGCACAGGCUUCACGCCACUGCACCUCUCCGAUGACGGCGAGGGUGGAGCCUUCCAUUUCAGCGAACCGCCCCCGCCCUACACGGCUUACAAGUCUCCCGACUCACCCCCACCUCCUGAGGACCCUCCACCAGCCUACGAACUGGCAGUCAGCACUGCUCCGACACCAGCUGCUGAUACUGGCGAUGGGGAACGCUACCACCGCCUCUUAGCGGAUGACGCAGGGAUGGCACUGGGCUGUGGUCCCGAGGGGCCGGUGCACCCCGAGGCGGGCAGCACAGCCGUCGCCGUGGUGUCCCCUUGCGCCGAUGGCAGUGCGAUGGCGCUGCUAAUGUCUCAGCCCAACAGUGAUGGUGGCGAAGACGCUGCAGCAGUCGAAGCAGCGGCGGUCGAAGCGGCCUGCACUGGGGAGGGACGCAUCACACGCAGCAAGAGUAGCCAGAGUGCUGCAUCUGUCAGCACAGCGGUGUGAUCAUCAUCAUCACCACCACCUCUUAGUUUCCUCACUUAGUUUCCUUACUGGUAGAAACCACCUGGUUCCACUAGCCCACAGGGGAUUAUUGUGUGUCCGUCGUGCAUCCAAAAAUGG